GGUGAUUGUGAAAAAAGUGUUUCGUUCCAGUGGAUUUAUUAGCCUUUAAACCGGCUUAUUUUACGUGACAAGCUGGGUUUGUGUGUGGAAAUUGUUACUGUCUCGCUUUAAGUUGGUGCGAGAAAUACUCGGAUUGGCACAGGCUUCCGAUUCGCCAUCGCAUUCAGAAAAUCUAGUUUCUGACGGAAAUAGGCCACGAGGCGCCAGGAGGUCACGUAGAAGAGAUUAAUACAAAACAAACGGAGUUGACUAGGAUUUACAGUUCCACAAUGAAUAUCCGCUGUGCAAAGCCCGAAGAUCUAAUGAAUAUGCAGCAUUGCAAUUUGCUAUGCUUGCCGGAAAAUUAUCAGAUGAAGUACUAUUUUUACCACGGAUUAACGUGGCCGCAACUUAGCUACGUGGCUGAAGACGAAAAGGGAAACAUCGUUGGUUAUGUUUUAGCAAAAAUGGAAGAGCCAGAACCCGGUGAAGAGAGCACCCAUGGGCACAUUACCUCGCUGGCUGUAAAACGAUCUUAUCGUCGACUUGGGCUGGCCCAGAAACUCAUGAACCAAGCUUCGCAUGCCAUGGUGGAAUGUUUCAAUGCUCAGUAUGUAUCAUUGCAUGUGAGAAAGUCGAAUCGUGCUGCCCUAAAUUUGUAUACCAAUUCGUUGGGUUUUCGAAUUUUGGAGAUCGAACCCAAAUACUACGCGGACGGGGAGGACGCUUACUCAAUGCGACGUGACCUCGCAGAACUAUCAAAGAUCGUUCUAGCUGCUCGGGAGGCCAAUUCCAACUCGGAGAACUCGGACGAGAUUAUUACCAACAGAAGUAACCACGGCAAUCAUGCGGGACACGAUGGACACUGCUGCUAAUGACUGGUGGUGGACAAGGAAAGUGGUUUGAAAUGAUACAAAAUGGCAGAAGGUGAUGUAUUUAAGAUUGCUCUCCUUAUACUUCAAAAUUAUGGUAAAUAGAUUCUUAA